GUCGCAUAACCAACGACAGGGCGGGAACCGUAAUCCCACCGCCAUUCUAUAGCUUCUCUUUACAGUUGCUUUACUCAUUUCCUCUAUAAAAUCUGCCUUCCUCCCUACGCACCGUAUAUGUUCGAGAUCUGAGCUUUUCUUUAGCUUCCCACCCACGUUUUUCCUUCGCUCUUAUUUAAUUGUUUCAGUUAUGGCUCCACCAAUUGCAAUUUCCAGCAAAUCUCCUGACGUCCAGAAGGCAUCACAUGCGCCUCUUAACGAAAGGAUACUCUCUUCCAUGACGAGGAAAAGUGUUGCUGCUCAUCCCUGGCAUGAUCUUGAGAUUGGACCUGGCGCACCAAUUAUCUUCAACUGUGUGGUUGAAAUAAGUAAGGGAAGUAAGGUGAAAUAUGAACUUGACAAGAAAACUGGUCUAAUCAAGGUUGAUCGUGUUCUUUACUCAUCUGUUGUGUACCCCCAUAACUACGGCUUCAUCCCUCGUACUCUCUGUGAAGACGAUGACCCACUCGAUGUAUUGGUCAUUAUGCAGGAACCUGUCAUUCCAGGGUGCUUUCUAAGGGCCAAAGCAAUAGGUCUCAUGCCCAUGAUUGAUCAGGGUGAGAAAGAUGACAAGAUAAUUGCUGUCUGUGCUGAUGAUCCCGAAUAUCAGCAUUACACAGACAUCAGUGAGCUUCCUCCCCACCGAUUGGCUGAAAUUCGCCGUUUUUUCGAAGACUACAAGAAAAAUGAAAACAAGGAUGUUGCAGUCGAUGACUUUCUUCCAGCCACAGCAGCUUAUGAAGCAGUCCAAUCUUCCAUGGAUUUGUAUGCAGAUUAUAUAGUGGAGACCUUAAGGCGGUAGUUUGGCACAAGCUAGCGAUGCUGCUUCAAGUUUAUAAUUUUUGAUCUGGAAGAAUACUUGAUACUAUAUUGCAACACAUCUGCACAAUACAAGAUGAUGAUUAUGACGAUGAUGAUGAUGAUGAAUAACAAUUUAUAUGAUAGAGUAGAAUAUGAUAUUUGUUGGUAUGUGUAAAAAGGGAUUGGCGUGAUUGAUUUUUCACUAUAUUCAUAUGUAUACAACCUUACUAUAUCUGUUAUGGUUAUUCCAGUUCUUGCUUUUUCAGCACAUUACUUGAACCUAGAUUUCAAUUUACAGGCAUCUAGGGCCGUAUGUAACUAUGUAUGUUUGUAAUGAUUUGAUUUGUUACUUCUUC